AUGGCUAUGCCUUGGAUCUACGCCGUGCGUCUUGUACAAAUCGUCUUCGGCCUGAUCGUGGUCGCUUUGACCGCCUAUGUAAUCAGCACCUUCUCCUACUGGUGGAGUUUCUCCGACACAGUAAACUUCCUCCUCUUCCUGGGCUGCUGGACGACCUUCGUCGCAACUCCCUACCUCCUCGCCGCACCAAUUUACUUCCCCCGCCUGGCGCAUCGCUUCGUGAUCCCCGCCGUGGAGGUUAUUACCAUGAUCUUCUGGUUUGCGGGCUUUAUUGCGAUUGGUGCGCAGUUGCCGGCGCCGGCUUAUUGCACUUGGGGUGGAUGUCGGGCUUUGCAGGCUGUCACUGUUUUUGGUGCUUUUGAGUGGGUCCUUUUCGUGGUGACUACUUACUUCGCCGUUAUGGAUCUCAAGGAUCACCGACACAGUGGGGAGAGUGCGCAGAAGACUCAGCAUAAUGCCCAUCUCGGUGUUUAA